AUGGAGAGUCCCUCGGGGGAAUGGCUUGCCAGUUUCAACUCGCGAGACUCGCAGAGUCCGAAAUCGGAGUCCAAAGGACCUGAGUCCCCACUCUCCAUGUCCCCUCGCCUCAGCUUGGCCCGCGAAUGCUCCGACGGAUCCUCGCUGGGAAGCGGCCCGCAGCUGCGCCGGCGCGCGAGCAUCGUCGCGGCCAAGAGCUUCAAAUCGGAUGGCAGGGAGGCCAGUGUUGAAACGCAAAGUCCUUCCAGCAACACCUUGCACGGGAAGUUCCGCAAAGCGGCCCAUUUCCUGGUGAAUUAUCAUUAUUUGAGCAACUUCAUGGGCGUGGUGGUGGUCUUUGACUCCUACUUCACCGGCUUCGACAUCGAUUCUCGCGCCCUGGGGAAUCCGACACCUCAGGUAAUUCUCGCUUGUUCAGACAUUUGCUUGGCCCUCUACACCCUCGAAAUCUGUCUGAUUCUCUACGUAGGCGGGAUCAGUAUCUUGAAAGAUUGGAUGGUGAUUCUCGACAGUUUCAUCAUCCUUUGCGGCUACACUGAAAUCGUCUUCAACUACAUGGACAUGGCUUCUGAAGUGGCCUCGCGCAUUACCAUUCUGCGGGUUCUGCGUAUGGCACGCAUCGUGCGCUUGAUGCAGCUGCUGCGAAAGUCCAGAUCAUUGAAAGAGUUACAGAAACUGGUAACCAUGAUGGCAACUUGCCUCAAAGCUCUGGCCUGGUCUUUCCUCUUCUGCUUCGUGAUCAUGACGGUAUGGGCCAUGUUAAUGGUGGAGAUCGUUCAUCCAGUCAUUCAAGAGAUUCAGCAGGAGAAAGGUGUCUUCGAUGGCUGCGAACAGUGCGUACGCUCCUGUCAAUCCGUCAUGGAUGCGAACUUGCUCCUUUUCAAGACUGUGAUAGCAGGAGACAGUUGGGGAACCAUUGCGGUGCCGGUCAUUGAGGCGUACCCAGGGACGGCAUUUAUUUUUGUUGGCUCGCUGCUGACGCUCGUUUUCGGUGUGCUGAACCUCAUUGUGGCAGUUGUAGUGGACACGUUUGCCGAAGUUAGACAGUCCGACGUGAUGAACUUGGCGGAAGAGAUGGAACAUGUGGAAAUGUUGGACCAGAAAUUUCUCCAAAAAAAUUUUGAUCGUAUCGACGUCAACAAGAAAGGUUUGUUGACUUUGGAAGAUAUUAUGGCGGGUGCCCGGACGGAUGCGGAGUUUCAGAGUCGUUUGAGGGUCAUGGACAUCGAUGAAGUGGACCUUCAGCAACUCUUUGAGAUGAUCGAUGUGGACGGUAGUGGUGCUAUCGAAAGUGAGGAAUUCAUUGUGCCUCUGAGUAGAUGGGUGCAUGAUUCCAAAACGGCGCCCCGCUUCAUCAAGUACAAUUUGAUGCACGUGAUGCAUCAACAGCAGGACUUAAUCCAGAACUUAGAGCGACAUUUUGUCGUCUUGAAUUCUCGGAUGAGUGACCUCGAGGACAAAUUGGAACACAUGGAUUCCCCAGGUCGCCAGCAGGUUUUUGCAUCAUCCGAUGGGAUUGGGAACGAUCUGCAUGCAGAGACGGUCCAAGCCCCUCGCUUAUCCAAAAAGGUUGGCAGAUUGAAGAUGGAUGCCGUGGACGCAAUGAAGCCUGCGGUCGCGGCGUUAAAUGAAAGUUUGACUGAUGCCUUGAAGCUGUCAGUGGCCAAAAUGGAGGCGAUCUUGCGAGAAGAGCUCAGCAAGUGCUACCCAGAGCCACCAGGGCCACCCCCGGAAGACGUCAAGGCUGCACCGCAAGAGGUUGCCAUGUCGAUUCAGCAACCGGGCUCACCUCUCCUUGGCGUCUUGCCCCGUGGAUGUCUGGGCGCAAAAUCAUCUCCCACCACGGCGGAGGAUGCGGCGCUGCAAUUGGCCUGGAGGAUGUUGGAACAGGCUGGCGUAGUACCUUCAAAGACCUCAGAGGACCCUUGGCCCCGAGAAUAUUUGCGCGCCUUGCCCCAGCGACCUGCACUGCCCUUGCUGUGGCCAGCAUCAGAGGUCUCGGAACUUCAGGACGCAGCCUUGCAGUUGCAGAUCAGCGAGCUAGGUGAGCGAGUGGAUCAAUGGCUUCAAACACGCUGUCAGCAGCUGGGGUUGGAUGCCACUCCCCUGCAGUACCAGUUUCGUGCCGCGUUCGCCACUACCUGGCCCCGGGCCAUAGAACUUCGAGAUCGAUGGAUCCUGGCGCCGUUCCUCGAUGCUGUCGAACCCUUGGGCAUUGAUGCCGAGGGCAAGGGCGUGACUGAAGGAAAUUGCAAGAUCGAGGUGGAAGACAUCGGGCAAGGGCAACAACUGGUAGUCCUCUCAGCUACAAAGGAUUUGAAAGAAGGUCCUGGGGGUGUGCAUUUAGGUCAAUUGGAUCCGUGCGUUUUGGCUCUCUACUUUGUCGUAGAAGUCCCCUUUUUUGGGCCACCUUUGGGCCCCUGUCCAACCUGUCCCCUGGCUUUAGCGGCUCUAGAACCUCAUUUUCCUGUCGCUAUGAGCCCCUUGGCGCCCUUGGCGCCCUUGAUGGCCGCGGCCCCCGCGGGCUCGCGCUUCAGUCCCAGCUUCCCCGCGGUGGUCCAGGAGUUGCGAAAGGCGGGGCCCCAGAAACUUCUGGUGAUCACCGACUUUGACCAGACGUUAACCAGCUACUUCGGGAAGGAUGGCUGUUUGGGUGACCAGUGCCACGACAUCAUCCUGCGGCACCUGGACAUCUCGCAGCUGCCGCCGGAGGCGCGCCGGAGCUUCGUGGAGCUCGAGGAGUGGAACUCGAUGAGCGACGCGCAGCGCCUGGCGCGGUGUGAUAACGACUGGGCCAAGAAAGUGGCAGCUUCGGUUGCCAGCUUUGAUACCUUCCACGCCCUCAGUGCGCAGCAUCAGCUCAGUCGUUUCGCGGAAAGCUGUGUAGCCAAGAGUAACGUUCGCGUCAGGGAUGGGAUGAAGGACACCUUUGGUUGGUUGGAGCGCUGGGAAGUGCCAUUGCUGGUGGUUUCUGCAGGCCUUGGGGAGCUGCUCACCUCGAUCCUGACAAAAUCCGGGGCACAGCUGCCGAGGAAGGCCAAAGUCUUGGCCAACAGCCUGGAUGAAGCUGCGGUGAGUGUGACCUCCAGCCACAAGGCCCAUGCUUUGGAGCUGGUUCCCGACUUCAUGUCUGAGGUGACUUCGGAAGGCAGAACUCACGUGCUGCUGCUGGGAGACAAGCCUUCGGAUUGCUGUCCAUUGCAAGGUCUACCCAAAAGCACGCCAGCUUUGAAGAUUGGCUUUUUGGCUGAGCCGACUGAAGAAAAGUUUCAGGAAUAUUUGACGGUGUUUGAUGCCGUUUUGGUGUCAGAUGCUACCAUGGACUUUGUCAAUUGCUUGCUGGACUCACUCAGCGACGUGCUAACUCAAGAACUGAAGCAGCUCUCGCCGCGCGAGUUGCUGUUCUCCUACGGCCGAAGUCUGCCCGAAGAUUUUCUGGUGACUCUAGAGGUCAAGGCCUGCAUCGAAAACGCGCCGGCAAAGCUUCAGCAGCUGCCUGGCGCCCGGCCUGGGCGGCUGCCAGGAGAUCUGCUGCUGCAGGGAACACUGAGGCCCUGGGCGCGAUAUGCGGAGGAGGAUGGCACCAGACUUGAUGAUUUGAAGGCGAUGAUUGACGAGAACUUUCUCUCCGCAGCACUUAUCUUGGCAAAGGAGCAGUUAGAAGUAGGAGAUUUCGUCAACUUGACAGGUCGUCGCAAGCUCCGAUGCUUGCAGGAGCUGCUCCGGCUGCUGCGAAGUUGCCGAGGGGAGUUUGCCACAUCCUUGAAGGAAGAUAGCAAGCAACUGGCCUCCGCUCAGGGGUGCCGCCGCCUGGCUUUGCAACACCGGGUGAGCAGCAAGCGGGCACUCAGGCUGGUGAUUGAGGAGGUGAAAGAGGCAGUUGCCAGGGCAGAAGAUGGUGGCGGGCUUCCCUUCGCCUUCUCGGGGCGAAAGUGUGGCGACUCAUCCGCAAAGCACCUCGGUGUUCUUCGAACGCUUCGUCCAGUUGUGUGUCCCAUGGCUGGAAAGGUGCAGCGAGUUCCUAAGACAGGUGAAGCUGAGGUGGCUCACAGGAAUGCUCAGGGCAAGGCCUUUAGGUCCAACCAGGAGGCCGACGUCCUGUUGCUGGAGGACUUGGCUUCGCGCCCACGUGUGGUGCUGGAGGUGGUGGAUGGCGCACCAGCGGCCACGUUGGUCUUCAGUGGUGAAUGUACGCGCUGCCAAGGGAAAUUGACCCUCAAUGAGAUCUUCAGCCAAUGGCUACGUCCUGGUGCAGAGGAGACGAGUGCGGUGCAAUGUCCGACCUGUCGCCAUUCGGGCACUGUCCACCUGCACAUCAAUGUGGCGAGUCGCAGUCCCGUGGAGAUUGACUUGUUGCACCCAAAGAGGUUGGCACUGGCACUUCGUGGGCACCUGGAUGCGCGAGGAGGCCGUGGAAAGGAUCCCCUGGGCCCAGCAUGGCUUUCAGGCUUGGCUUCGGCACCAACCCUUUGGACCAAUCUCGUGUGCCCCGCCUUGAAAGUGCUGAAAACUGGAGGCCAUUCAUUCUUUACCGAGCACUUGCUAACAGCGCUUGGGCCGGAGAAGGUUCAGAACCUGGCGGUUGAGAAGAUCGUGGCAAGGGACCCAGGACCACGGCCUACUGGUCUCGUAAUGGCGCUGUUGCCGGCGACCAUUGCUACGACGAGACCGGUGAAAGCGGCCGUGCAUGACCCUCCCAGUCACCGCGAGCGGCGCCUCAAUCGGCGCGAGCGGCGAAGGAAGAGGCUCUUUCCACAAGAGACCACCAGCACCACAGCCACAGCCAUGAUGUCCACCAGCAAGAGGAGUAGCACGGCAUCUACAACCACCAUUGCAGCAACCACGAUGCAGACCACCGGCUACAACUACCACAUCUACCUGAUUGUGCCGCCCGCAGAUGGGGACAUUACCCGUUUCGAAGGUGCCUGGUCUCAAGAACAAAUCUCUGGUGAUGUGCAGGUGGAGAUCAAGAGAAUCACCACAGCCAGAAACGAUUGUCAUUUAUUGCCUUUCAUUGGAGGUGAUGCGACCAUCAAUAAGGUGCUAACGGCCUAUUUUUCCACCACGGAGUUCAUCCAGCCGUCCUUUCCGACACCACCCAUUGGGAAACCUGGCUUCUGGAUCGGUUGGUGCUGGAAUCCCUUCUGCUUUUGCUUGGUGUUCGUUAUUGUUGCUUCAAGCACUUUACUUUUUGCUGCCGACGCUUUCUUCCCCAUCGAAGAGCAGGGGCUGUGGGGAGUACGUUUUGCUGCUGCGCUGCUUGCGAUGAUCGGGAUUCGUUUAUGCGUCGCUGGCGUGGUGUGGUUCUCCAUGAAGGACGGGGCCAGACGAAUCGGCCAUGCCAUUGAGUUGGAAGCACCACAGGUGCUGGUGGCAUUUUCCUGGGGUGCGGCUCUGGCCAUGCACUUGCUGGCAGACAAGGUGUGGCAGGGCCCUACAAUUCUCCUUUGCCCCACCUAUAAAGCCAUGGCUCGCGUUGGCUGCCAGUCCUUCAAGAUGUUUGAGUUUCCUCCAAACGUGCACGUCUUUCACGCGCUGAGUGAUAUGUACUGCCCGCAGUCGCAAGCAGAAGAACUGGAACGGGCUGGUUGCAUGGUCCACCGUUGUGAGGACGAUCAUCUCCUCAUGUCCCGCAGCAGCCUGGUUGCCAUUGGCCGUUGCCUGCGCGAUUUCUUAGACACGUGA